AUGAUGUCACUUGUGAACAAACAACAAACAGGUAGCAAAAAGAGAAAAGAUUUGUCGGUUGAAGAGAAAAUUGCUCAAUCCAUUACGUACGAUGAACGUGAUGGGGAAGAAGUGGAUUUUAUUUUGGAAACAGGAGUGUGUGAAUUUAAGCCAACAUAUUCGUCUUGGAAUGAAUUUCCUAAUUAUCUCAAACCAUACUAUGGCGUUAUUUGGGACGUUUUUUCGACUUGUGAGAGAUGUAUUACCAAUCGACAUAUGGAAAUGAAAGACAGUAGCACGGUCCAUCCUAUCACACCUCCAAAUUUGGCCAGAGUUUAG